AAUAAUAAUAAUAAUAAUAAUAAAGGUAAUAAUAAUAAUGUUAAUUGUCUUGCUUAUAAUAUGAGCAGGAAUAGAAUCGUCAAUAGAGUUCGUCAUUUCAUUCAUUUGUGUGUGGGCUGUGAUACUGCCCGGGUGCCCGAAGCAGGUGGUUUUCUUAGGGGGCCACACCCGGAGCCUUUGACCUAAAGGCCUGAUCCACAAGGCAGUGGAGCAUCGUGAGGAGAUGCAGUCCCAUGGUAGUCGUUGACCAAUGACAGGUUCUUCCGCCAUUCGUUCCAUCAGGAGACUGGAGCCCAUGUGCACCAUUGGUUUGGAAUCAGGGUUUUCCAACUCCCCUAGGUGGACCCUCCGUGUCCACCAAUCCGGUUAUAGCGCCGGACAUUCGCUUUUCGUCCUCUCACUUUCGCAAACAACACCCCCGCCACGAGAAGGCAGUGAGUAGGACUUCCCUGGCAGAGGCUAUAUAUUCGCUGGCCAUAUGAGAGCAUUUCGAGAGGGAGAGUAGACUCUCCCCACUCUCGGCCGUACCAGGGCAUUUGGGGGCGAUUGAUGAAGUAGUGAAACUUCAUCAGUUGAGAUGGCUGGGACAUGUGUUACGUAUGCCCGACCACCGACUGCCCCGACGUGCAAUGUUUCAUGGUGUAGGAGUAGGUUGGAAGAAAGCUAUGGGCGGCCAGACCAAAACGUGGCACAAAUCAAUGAAGUCACUGACAAGUGGACUGGGCCAUGUUGGUAGGUGUAGACUACCUGGUUGGGAUUCGCGAGAUGACAGCAACCGAUGGUUAGAGACCUUGAAUGACAUGGCUCAAAAUCGUUUGCAAUGGCGAAGAUGCAUCCACUCUUUGUGUUCUACCAAAUUCUAAUCUUCUGAAUUCCUCAUGUCUUUAUGUUUUUCUCUUUCCAAAUUUAUUUCACUGUACUAUACUCCUUCAAUAAUUUCUUCCAACCCUAAUAUUUUGGAUUUCUGAUUAUACUCCUACUACUUCUACCACUAUGGGAUUUGAAUCGACAACUGCAUCUCUGUGCUAAUGUGGUAUGGCAACUCGAACUGAUGUACGUACGUACGAAGUUCUACGUUGUGACUGACUGACUGAUUGCCUCUGUAAAAUUAUUCUGUUUUGUACUAAACAGUAUCUUGUCUAACGUUUUUAAAAAUGCUUAACGUCUCCCUAUGACUCAAGUAUUUAUCUUCAAAGUUGUUUUGUAACCAACGUGUAUCAAUGGUUAAAAGAUGAAACUGUCUCUUGAUGGUUGUAUAUUAUAGUUGGGCUUUUCUAGAAUAACAAAACACGAUAGUCUGUAUUUGUGUGGAUGUUCUUUUCUUUUGUUUGUAGUGCUUGCCAGCAAGGAAUUAUGAUAGAUUUUAGUGGCAUUUCUUAAAACAUUGAAACGUUAACAUCUUCAAUGAAUUUGUCAUCAGUUUUGAUAACUUUCUUAGCAUGCUCGCCUACUCUUGGAUUUUCGAUGCUGUCUUAUGAAUAUGUUUCUUCUGUUGUCGAAACAGAAUUCAUCAUCAGCUAUUAUGAACAUUCUUGUGCACAAUCUCGUCAUCGUUUUCUAAAAUCCAUACUCAAUUCGUUUCCAUUGAAUUAUUCCAUAAUGGAGAGAUGGUAUCCACCAUCUAAUGCGAAGGAGAAAAAAAGUGAUUUUGAUGUAAUCAAGAUAUUUAAUCUUAGUCGUAUGGAUGUAUCAAAUUUUAUCCAAUACUUAUCUAAUGUCAGCCAAAUAAAAUCAGUUUCACCACAAAAACAAAUAAAUCGUGUUCUUUUAAACUAUGGUAUAAAUGAUGGAGAAUUUCUGCACAAUUCCAGUCGUCUAGAUUCAAGAAGAAAUUUGAAACUGUUUGGCAAUUCACAGAGAUAUUCUCCUGGAACUUUACCAUUAGAUCCGUUAAAACAGCCAUGGAAACUGUUACAGGCGGAAUAUGCUUGGUCUCGUGGUUUGUGCGGUAAUGGUGUUCGUGUGGGCAUAUUUGAUACAGGAUUGGCACCAUCUGAUCAUAAACACUUUUCAUUAAGUAAUAUUAUUGAAAGAACUGAUUGGACAGUUGAUAUAACUAAUAGAUCCUAUUCUGAUGAUUCUGUUGAAGCUUUAGAUCGACAUGGUCAUGGAACAUAUGUUACAGGUUUAAUUGCUGCUCAAAAUCCUAAUUUAUAUUACUCAAAAUUUAUUCAUUCUUUUAAUAAACAUGAUGAUUCUACUUGUCCACCUUGGGGAUUUGCACCACGUGCUGAUUUAUUCAUAUUUCGUGUAUUCACUGAUACACAAAUAUCUUAUACAUCAUGGUUUUUAGAUGCAUUCAAUUAUGCAAUUAGUCGAAAAUUACAUGUUAUCAAUCUUAGUAUUGGUGGACCAGAUUUUUUAGAUAAACCUUUUGUUGACAAGGUUUUAGAAUUAUCUGCAAAUGGAAUAUUAUUAGUUUCUGCUAUCGGGAAUGAUGGCCCUUUAUUUGGAACAUUAAAUAAUCCAGCUGAUCAAAUGGAUGUUUUAGGUGUUGGCGGUGUAGAUGCUUUGGGUCGCGUUGCACGAUUUUCUUCACGUGGAAUGACUGGUUGGGAACUUCCAGCUGGUUAUGGACGUGUAAAACCGGAUAUUGUUACUUUUUCUACUGGUGUUAUCAGUUCUAAUCUAGACGGAAAAUGUCGUGUAUUAUCAGGAACUAGCGUAGCAUCUCCAAUUGUAACAGGAAUUGUUAGUUUAUUAAUUAAUGCUGCUUUAAACCAUAAUGCCAACUUAAUUAAUCAUGAAAAUAGUAGUCUAUAUCAUAUGAAUAUAGAUAACUAUCCAUUUGUACCUGUUAAUCCAAUUAGUAUUAAACAAGCUUUAAUAGCCAGUGCAAAUCAAUUAAAUUCAGUACGUGUAUUUGGUACGAAUUCAAUAAAAUGGUUACAAGAAACUGAUCAAAGUAGUAUGUUUGAACAAGGCGCUGGUUUGGUAAAUCUUCAGUCAGCCCUAGAGAUUGUACAGCGUAUGAAACCUCAAGCAAGUCUGAUGCCUAGUUAUUUGGAUUUAACACAAUGUCCAUAUAUGUGGCCAUACUGUUCUCAACCAUUGUACUCUUCCAUGCAACCAAUUAUCAUUAAUAUAACAAUUUUAAAUUCUAUGGAUGUUGUUGGUCGUAUAACAAACCCGCCUAUUUAUCAUCCAUACAUUAAUUAUAAUGGACAUCGUCUACAUGUUGGCAUUUCAUAUUCUCAAUAUCUUUGGCCAUGGGUUGGAUAUUUAGCUGUUUAUCUGAGUGUAACACCCGAUUCUAUUGACGAUAUUAUUCCAUCGUCGCGUUUCUCUGGUGUUGCUGAAGGUUAUGUGAGUCUUGUUGUGGAAUCUUAUGACAUUGUUCGAAAUCUAUCAUUAAACACAAAUCUACGAUUACCAAUUAAAGCUAACAUUGUACCUAUUCCACAUCGAUCAAAACGAAUUCUCUUUGAUCAGUUUCAUAGUAUUCAUUAUCCAUCUGGUUUUAUUCCUCGAGAUGAUUUGACCCGAUCAAAGGAGCCAUUAGAUUGGUUAGGAGAUCAUAUUCACACAAAUUUUCUUGAUCUAUAUACACAUCUACGUAGAAAAAGUUAUUUCAUUGAAGUAUUAACCUCUACAUUUGACUGUUUCAAUGCGUCUAAUUAUGGUACAUUCCUUAUUAUUGAUCCAGAAGAAGAAUUCUUUCCAUAUGAAAUAGAAAAAUUGUUUGUAGAUGUUACAGAUAAAGGAUUAUCAUUAAUUGUUUUCGCUGAUUGGUAUAAUACUAGUGUUAUGCAAAGUUUACGCUUUUUUGACACUAAUACCAGACGUUUAUGGACUCCAGACACUGGUGGAUCAAACCUACCUGCUUUGAAUGAUUUACUUCGACCAUUUAACAUUGAAUUCGGUGAUUCUGUUUUCGCUGGCAAUUACGUAAUAGGACAUCGAACUGUUGCAUAUCAUUCAGGUAGCAGUUUAAGAAAAUUUCCUAAUCGAGCUAUCGCUAAUCAUACUGGUCGAACUGUACUUUUAAAAGCUAAUCUAGUGGAUAUUGGUAAUCAGUUCAUUCAACAUGAUUCCAUGUUUUUAAAGUCAGAAUCAGUAACAUCAUUGGAAAGUGAUAAAAUCCUUGGUAAUUCUGAACCAAAUUUACGUUUAAAACCAAUAAUUGAUAAAGAUCCAACACCAACUAUACUUGGUCUAUGGACUCCUAUCGUUGAAAAUGUAAUUAGUGAAAUGGGACGUUUGUCAAUUUAUGGAGAUUCGGAUUGUUUAAGUUCUACGCAUUUAAAUUCAAAUUGCUUUUGGCUGUUAGAUGCAUUGCUUCAAUUCUCAACCAGUAGUAUGGGACGAAUCCCACGAAUUUUAAUUGAACAAAUGUUUACACCGAAUACAGAAAUUUGGAUUGAUUCCUCACUGACAGCACCUUUACGCGCAAAAAAUUCUCAAUUAAAUCUAUAUAGUAAUGUGUUAAGAAAAGAAUGGAAUUUAUCUACAUUGAAUACUAGUUAUCUACCAAUUGAAGCUUAUUAUUUUGUUGAAUUAUGUUAUAUCGCUCCAAAAGCUUCUAUAUUGAUAGAUAAUGGUAAACCAAAUGAAUCAUUCUAUCAUCCACAAAACUUAUUGCUCUAUCCAGUAGAAUUAUAUAAUCCAUCAAAACAAUUAUAUACUACUCAUUAUUGUCAUUCAUCCAUUUCAAUGUUACCAUCUAAUAAGAACUUAUUCCAAUUCAUGAAACCGAAAUUGUUAUUACAGUCUAUUAAUGACUUUAUACAACUUGAUAUGUAUAUGUCCUUUAAAAAUCAUAAAUUCAAUUUCGUGUACAUCAUUAUACUACUUAUAGUAGUGUGCUAUUUUUGUAAACGUGGUAUCAUGUUUUGCGGUGACAGUGUAUUAUAUGUAACAGGAUGGAUUUUCUGUAUGAUUCGAUAUGUGAUGGUGCGUAUUUUAUUUCGUUUUUAUAAUUUAUGGCGUACUUAUAUUAGUGAUUGUUCACAAAUGAGAUUCAGCAAGAUAAAUGCUACUAAUAGCUCUACUACUACUACUACUACUAGUAGUAGUAGUAGUAGCAGUAGUACUACUGUUGAAAUAUCACGACUGUCACCAUCUAUUGUUCAGAAAAUUAGCCAACAGAACAGAUCUAAUAUACAUAUAUGAGUAUAUAGAGGACAAAUAAUUGGUCAGCUUGUGAAUUGCAUAUUCCUGUAUUGAUCGAUUACGGUUUUGUGUAGGUCAAGUGAUUUGAUCUUCCAAUGAUUUCUUUACAUCAUAUCCCUUUUUCUCAAAUGUAUAUUAAGUUCAUCCAUGUAUUGUGUUUGAUUUCAAUUCAUUUGUGUAUCCCUUUUCGCUUUCAUAUUUUCACCUAUUUUGUAAAUAGAAAUGUGUUUCGGUAUAAAAUGAUACUUGUUUUUCAAAGUAUAACGAUAUAUAUCGCAGCAUUCAAUAUUCCAUUGAGAAACAAGGUACUUUUUGUAAGUAGUAUGUAUUUGUUAAUCAAUCAGUUAAUUAUAUUUGAUUGAAUAUAAUUAAUAAAUGAUUCCACGUC